AUGGUGAAUGCACAAGAGCUAGAGGCACAAAGACAAAGGUUGGGACUAGAAGCUGAAGUCGCUGCAAGAGAUGAGAAUAGAGGAGUGGAUGGAUUGAUCCCUCCCCAGCGCCAACCAAUAGCUCCAAGGGGUAUAGCUCAGCAUCCAGCGCAUAUGAUGUAUGAUGAAGAUGAUGCAGAUUUGGAUGGAGCUAGAGCCACUGGAGCAAUACUGUUACCUGCACUACCUCCAGGUGUUAAGUUGACAAUCACCAACACUAUGAUUCAAUUGUUGGACCGUAAGGGUAUGUUUAGGGGUGCCGCUGGUGAUGAUGCAAAUCAGCACUUGAUGAACUUUGUGGCUAUCUGUAAGUCACAAGAGAUUCUUGGGGUAAAUCAAACAUCAAUGAGAUUGAGGCAGUUUCCAUUGUCCCUUACGGGAGAGGCGACUAACUGGUUGAAUGAGAUGCCAGAUGACUCCAUUAGAACUUGGAAUGAGCUGAAGGAAGCUUUCUUGGAACGAUUCUUCCCAGAAUCAAAAGAGCUGCAGAUGAAGGACAAGAUUAGUACACACAAGCAACUACCAGGAGAAGCCAUGCAUGAUACUUGGUGGAGGUUCAACCAAAAGUUAAAGAAAUGCCCCAACCAUGAUCUUACCGAAAGGCAUCUUAAACAGGCCUUUUAUAGGUCUCUGAAUUAUGUUACUAAACUUGUUGUUGAUGCAGUUUGUGGAGGCUCAUUUAUGAGGAAGCCAUUUGCAGAAAACAUGCAGUUAUUAGAUGAGGUCUCAAAGAACAACAGAGCAUGGUACACUAGAGAUGCAGAGGUAGGAGAGCUCGGGUAUACAUUUGAGCUUUCAGCUGAUCAAAGGAAGAGAAAAGAAGAAAUGGACCAAGACAUGGCACAUAUGAGGACUCAAAUAGACUUGCUCACAAAGCACAUUGUUGCCAAGUCUGAAAAGGUGAAUGCUGUGGGACAGCAACACAGGUAUGAAGAUCAGGAUCUUGACAUUGAUGAGGAAGCUAACUAUUUGGGAAAUCAAGGAGGUUUCCGGAAUUAUAACUCUGGAAAUCAAGGUUACAAUUCUGGAAAUGCAGGUCGGAGCUAUGCUAGGGAUGGUCAGUAUGAAAGGCCAGCAAAUAGAGAUCAAGGAAACUGGCAAAACAGAGAGGGGUAUAGGAAUGAUCGCAAUGGUGUAUAUGUACCUCCAUGUAAUAGAGACCGGGUGAGUGGUAGUUCUAACGGGUCCAAGCUGGAAGACAUGAUGGCUAAGGUACUUCAAAAGGUUGAGUCAACCGAUGCAGGGUUGAAAGAAAUAAGAGGUGACUUCUCGAGCAUGAGUCAGUUGGUGGACUCUCACACCACCUCCAUUAAACAAAUAGAGCAGCAGUUGGGGCAACGCUCAGCCUCAAUGAAUCCGAGAAAGAACGGAUCACUACCAAGUGAUACCAUUCAGAAUCCCAAGAAGGAAGGACACUGCAUGGCCAUAGCCACCAGGAGUGGUAAAGUUCUUUCUUACCCUAUUUCUGCAGGUACUAAGUAUUAA